UAGAACACACACAAAAAAACAGACAAAUUAACCCAUUUUUGUACUUGUGGACUUUAACCCUUAUGAAUCUGUAAGAAUAAAGACAGACAAACAGGAAGUUCCAGGAUAAGGUGACGCUUAAUCAGAAACAGGAUCAUGAAAAGAGAGUGAAGGGAGAAAGAGAGGUGAGAGAGAAAAGAGGUGGGGCAUAUUCUGAGUCAGAAGAGCGACAUGUUCUGUGGCGCACAUUUCUUAUGAGUCAUUAACUUGCUAGUUUCUUGUUGGAGCUGCAAGGAGUUUGACAGACUGUGGAAAUAUAAAUCUCAUUUAUCAUGGAUUUCUAAACAAAGUUGUAAACAGAGUUGAAACCCAGGACACGGCCUCAGUCUGUUUGUCUCGGUUCACUGCUUCCAUAGCAACUUCUGCCAGGACUAUUGCAAGUUAAUUUAUUACCAAAAAAAAAAAAAAAACAUCACAAGGAGAGCAACAAUGCACCUGCCAGACUAGGCUGCUGGAAAACAGUUUGUACAGAAAUAUGCUAUAGGCCUCAUAUAUGGAGCUUUGAUGCAAAAUGUUUCUUUUCAAAUUUUCCCUCUGGUGCAUCGUCUUCAGCCUGUGUUCGUCAGCCUGCGGCUUGGAGUUCAUAGAAUAUGACAGGGAUGCAGUUAUUUGCCAACAGGCAUUUUCUGACUGCACCAUCAGAAACGGUCUUUAUGAACAAAAGGACAACCAUGUUCAGUUUGAAGCAUCUUUCAAGCUCUGCUGUAAGGCCGAAAGAAACUGUGCACUUUGUCUUGUGCUAGAGACAGAAAUCAGCAACAUCCCUAUGGAUAAAGAUGUGGAAAACGACAACCACUCUGGCACUGAUGAGGAAGAUGACAAUGAGGACACAACACUUGAGAGAUCUUCUGUGAUGGCAUGUUACCAUGAUCCAGCCAGCACCAUACCCAGAUGCAAGAAGGUGGAGUUUACAGUUAAUUACACCACUCUUGCUCACCAGAACAAUAGCAAGAUAACCAUUGUGAUCACAGACAAGUUUCAUUUCGGAAGCCAAAUAACCGUUUACCCCAACAUACGACUUGAUGCACCUUCGGAACAGAAUGUGUGUUCCCAGGAAUCCUUCCAGCAACGCAUACCCAUGUGUCCAGUGCCAAAGUUCCGCAUCGAACCAGUUUAAGAAAAUUAUGUUGAGCUGCAGAUUGUGGGCAACAAUUCCCGUCCCUCACUCUGCAUCAAAUACGAGGAGAACGGACGCUGUCUGAGUCUGGCCCAGACCACCAUCCCCAUUCAUUCUGUGGCACCUUGCAUGUGCAUACAGGUAUGGGAUAAAGAUGAUGAGGGAGCUGUGCGCUCUCAAUUAUGCCACUUUGACAAAAUAGGAUCGCCACCUCCUUUACAACACUUAAAGUCGAAAAACGUCUCGGUGAAUGUGCGCCUGAGCAAAAUGGGUGACAGAAACACAGUGCUUUUAUGGAACCUUACUGCCCCCUGCAGGCUGGAUGGUGAAGUGUCGCUUUGUCUCAAACCGAGCAGCAGCGAAAAUCUUGCUGGUGUGAGCAAGUGGAAACAAAACAGUAUGGGACUUUGGGUAAAACAAGGAGCAUUUGAAAACGUUGAUGAAAGCAUUUCCCAGUGUGUGAUGGUGAAAAUAAACAGAACACAUCAGGAAUUUGGUCCAUUUUGCACGUCUGACACUAGCAGAUGGCGCUGGACUCUCCUGAUUGUCAGUGUUUUGCUGGUUGGUUGUCUGACAGCAUUAAUGAUUCAUUUCCUGCGUGAUUAUGUGAAGAAAUGGGUGUGGAGCUGGCGGCACGGUGGAUUCGUAAGGAUUGGCAGGAAGGGCCAUGUGGUUCUGCUGAGCCCCCCAGAUUUGGAUGACACUGUUUCAGAGUCAGUUUGUCUGCUGGGUUCCCAGCUCUGUAGCCAGGGCUUCAGUGUGUCUGUGGAUCAGUGGUGCAGGAAGGAUCAAUGCACAAUGGGACCUCUGCCAUGGCUCUACUCCCAACUCCAGAAGCUGGACAACAUGGGUGGUCGGGUUUUGCUGGUUCUCACCCAGAAAGCCUUAGAAAAAACUGAAGAGUGGACCCUCUUGAACAACAACGGAGAAGGAAGGGAUCAGCAACAGAUGAAGUCACCUUAUUCUGAUCUAUUUACGGCCUCGUUGUUCAUCAUUCAGGCCCACAAGAGGCUGGGCAGGGUGGCCGAGCGCUUUGUUCUGGUGAAAAUCGACUCCCACCAAACACAGAGUCACAGCAGCGACGGGAGACUUCCAGAGCUGCUUCAAGGGCUUCCUCUGUUUCUGCUUCCCUCUCAGAGCCAGUCGCUCACAGCUGAACUGAUUGUAGAAGAGGCAGAAACGACAAGGAUAGGCUGGAGGAGGAAUAUCUGAAGCAAGUGGAGGUUAUCAAAACCAUUUUGUUAAAACACCGUGGAUGAAUUUACAAAAAGACGUCAUAUAAAAAAUACUGCUGCAGAA